GUGUUCAAGUGGUGCCAAUGUGUAGUUGCCAUCUGCUACCUCGCGAAAGUGGUACAUUGUUUGAAUCCCGAUGAUCCGAAUGUGUGCAGUCACUGGGAAAGUUAUGCUGUUACUGUUCAGGAAUCUUAUGCGCACCCCUUUGACCAAGUCUACUAUACCAGAUGUACUGACAUCCUGAAUUGGUUUAAAUGUACCAGACACAGAAUCAGCUACAAGACAGCUUAUCGUCGAGGCUUGAGAACCAUGUACAGGAGAAGGUCCCAGUGCUGCCCUGGAUACUAUGAGAAUGGAGAUCUUUGUAUCCCGCUGUGCACAGAAGAAUGUAUGCAUGGGAGAUGCGUUUCCCCUGACACCUGUCAAUGUGAACCUGGAUGGGGAGGAACAGACUGUUCGAGUGGCUGCGACAGUGAUCACUGGGGCCCACAUUGCAGCAACCGAUGCCAGUGUCAAAACGGAGCUCUGUGUAACCCUAUCACCGGGGCCUGUGUGUGUGCCGAUGGAUAUAAGGGUUGGCGGUGUGAAGAGCCCUGUGAUCACGGGUCUUACGGCAAAAUGUGCCAAUAUGUCUGUCAGUGCCAAAAUGAGGCCAUCUGUGACCACGAGACAGGAGAGUGCCACUGUUCCCCGGGUUACACCGGUGCCUUCUGUGAAGAACUCUGUCCGGCCGGCAGUCAUGGAGCCCAGUGUGAGCUAAGGUGCCCGUGCCAAAACAGGGGCAUUUGCCACCACAUCUCGGGAGAAUGCUCUUGUCCAGCAGGGUGGAUGGGAUCAGUGUGCGCACAGCCAUGCCCUCUUGGAAAAUUUGGUAUUAACUGUACCAAAAACUGCCCGUGCCAUAAUGGAGGACAGUGUGAUCACGUUACCGGUGUAUGCCAUUGUACAGCUGGAUAUACAGGUGACAGGUGUCAGGAAGAAUGUCCAAUUGGCACCUAUGGUUUGCGAUGUGUCCAAAAAUGUGACUGCCUGAACGGAGCAAAAUGCUACCACAUUAAUGGAGCAUGUCUUUGUGAGCCAGGGUUUAAAGGAAAUCGCUGCCAAAACAGAAUGUGUCCAGAUGGGUUAUAUGGACCUAAUUGCAAUAAGCCGUGUCCUUGCAAUGAUAAAAAUACGCAAAGCUGCCAUCCGUUGUCUGGCGAAUGCACGUGUGCCAGUGGCUGGACUGGACUGUAUUGCAAUGAGACGUGUUCACCUGGUUUUUAUGGAGAGGGCUGUCAGCAAAUCUGUUCCUGUCAGAAUGGGGCGGAUUGUGGCAGUGUCACUGGGAAAUGCGUUUGUGCCCCAGGAUUUAAGGGUGAUGACUGCUCUCUCUCAUGCCAGCCCGGCAAAUAUGGGACCAAUUGUUCAUCUACGUGCAGUUGCAAGCAUUAUACUGCGUGUUCCUCCAUUGAUGGCUCUUGUAUAUGCAAAGAAGGUUGGCAAGGAGUACAUUGCUCUAUUCCCUGUUCCAGUGGCACUUGGGGACUUUAUUGCAACAGCACUUGCAAAUGUGCCAAUGGGGCAUUUUGUAAUCCAGUGGACGGUACCUGCACAUGUUCGCCUGGAUGGCGUAGAAAACACUGUGACCAUCCAUGUCCAGAUGGAACUUAUAGUCUGGGUUGCAGUGAGCGCUGCGACUGCAGCCACGCAGACGGCUGUGACCCCAUCACUGGAUACUGUCGCUGUCUAGCAGGGUGGACUGGUAUUCACUGUGACAGUGUGUGUAUCCAAGGCCGCUGGGGUCAAAACUGCUCCAUUUCGUGUAACUGUGACAAUGGGGGCUCCUGUUCACCUGAGGAUGGAACCUGCGAAUGUGCGCCUGGAUACCGGGGAGCUACCUGCCAAAGAAUCUGUUCUCCUGGAUUUUAUGGCCAUCACUGCAGCCAAGCGUGUCCCCAGUGUGUGCACAGUAAUGGUCCUUGCCAUCAUGUCACAGGCUACUGUGAAUGUCUGCCAGGCUUCAUCGGAUCCCUUUGUAAUCAAGUAUGUGCGAGUGGAAGGUUUGGCAAGCAAUGUACUGGAACCUGUGUGUGUUCAAACAAUGGCACGUGUAAUCCUAUCGAUGGCACCUGUCAGUGUUACCCAGGCUGGAUUGGAAAGGACUGUUCACAAUCUUGCUCCUCUGGUUACUGGGGCCCGAACUGCAUUCACACGUGUAACUGCCACAAUGGAGCUCUGUGUAGUGCUUACGAUGGAGAGUGCCGAUGUACACAGGGCUGGACAGGCUUGUACUGCACCCAGAGAUGUCCAAUGGGUUUCUUUGGAAAAGACUGCACAAAACUCUGCAAGUGUCAAAAUGGUGCGGACUGUGAUCAUAUCACAGGAGAGUGUACAUGCCGAACUGGCUUCACAGGAAAACACUGUGAGCAGAAGUGCCCACCUGGUACAUUUGGUUAUGGCUGCCAGCAUCUAUGUGAGUGCAUGAAUAACGCUACCUGUGAUCACGUCACUGGGACUUGCUACUGCUCCCCUGGAUUCAAAGGCAUCAGAUGUGACCAGGCGGCCCUGAUAAUGGAUGAAUUGAACCCCUACACGAAAAUCAGCCCAGCGCUUGCAUCUGACAGACACUCAGUUGGAGCAAUCACUGGAAUCGUUAUCCUUCUCUUGAUAAUAGUCGUGUUGCUGGUUCUGUUCGUCUGGUACAAAUGGAAUCAGAAAGAGAAAGGCCACGACAUGCCUAGCGUAUCCUACACCCCCGCUAUGCGGAUGACUAAUACAGACCAUUCCCUCUCUGAUCCAACGCAAAGUAGCAGCACUCUUCACUGUUUUUCCAACCCUAGUUAUCACACAUUGUCACGGUGUGGGAAACUCUCUCGUUUCAUCAAUAACCCAACUGGAAACAAUUACAUUAAGAAAAAAAGCCAGCUUUUCUCAAGUAUCAAGAAUAUAGAUCGAGCUGGGCAAGGAGGUUGUGGACAGGAAUUCACUGGAACACUGCAUCCUGAAUGGAGGCACUACAGUAACUUGAAUGAUUUAGAUUAUGUGAAAGGCUCAGCUUGCAGCUCCAGCACCUGCUCAUUAAACAGCAGCGAGAACCCUUACGCUACCAUUAAAGACCCUCCAGCCCUCACGUGCAAGCACUCCGAAAGCAGCUACGUGGAGAUGAAGUCUCCUGCUCACAGGGACCCGCCUUACACUGAGAUCGAGACGUCCUCCUCUGCUAACAAAAACGUCUAUGAUGUUGAACCAACAGUCAGUGUUGUCCAAGGAUGUGACGUAAUCAGCCCCAACUGCAGUCAAAACCCAUACGACCUUCCUCGGAACAGUCACAUCCCCAGUCACUAUGAUUUGCUCCCCGUGCGUCACAGCCCAACACAUGUGACCCCUGAGGACAAACAGCACGAAAAGCAAUCAAAAGCAUGACUUUGGUCGAGUCACCUAUUGCUAUGCACUCUGUCUGUUGCUUCCAAGAAAUAGCGGCAGAGAAGACAAUCCUUUUUGCCCUGAAAUAUGCUGAAACUCAAGUUAACGUGGACAAUGAAUACAAAAUAUCCCCUUUCCCACCUGACUUUUCACUACUGCAUGGUAAUUAAAAUGGAAAAGUACUGUACUUUCAUAUGACUGUAAUGCAGUCAAAGCAAGGAACCUCAAUCUUGGAACCUCAAGACUUGGAAAUGUACAUUUUUGUUGAAAAAAAGGAAUUUCGUCUGCACUACCUAAUUCAACCGUUGUAAGGUUAAACCAGCAUCUGUAAUUAUUCAACUCAACAGCAACAAACUGUGAUGCCAGGGGAGACCAUUGAAUCAAACAGCUGGGGGCAUAGGGGAAAGCAUACAAGAAAAUCUGGAAACAUUUUCAUUCUUAUUCUACAUUGCCACUUCUUGCUGGUGAUCAUUGAGACACAGAGUUUAAAUGGCUUGGUAAUAUAUAGCUGUUUAAAUCACCAACCUAGUAAGCAUUUUAAAUUCAACUCAUAGUAUUUAGUAAAUUUAUAGGGUGUUCCCUGUAGGACUUUACAUUGCAGCAUGAAGCAUUGUUGAUAAAAAAAAUAAGUAACUAGGAUAUUGACAAAAUAAUGAGUUUGUGGUUCCAUCCAAUGUGAGGACCCAUAUCAUCUUGACAAUGUAUUAAGUAUCACAAAUUGUUCCUGACCUGAAUUUGUAUGCGUCAGUGACACAAUUAUCUUCUAGGGUAAGUGAGCAUGUCCAAAGCUGAACAAAGUUUGAGGCAAAAGUACAGUAGAUGGGGUGGCUGAGUGUUUAGUUGGGAUGCUGUGAGAUAUCAGACUCAAUUAGAGAUCCAAACGUAAAUCCCAGUCUCGAUUGUCAUUUGCACUUGUAUCACCCGCCUCGGAGAGGGAGCUUUGGCAGUCUCUGGUGGAGGUAAGUAUAUAAAGCUAUGAGGGAACCAUACAAAGCCCGCUUCCUCGGACACUAACAAGGGAACCGGACUGAUGGUGACUGCAGUAUCGUGCUGGUGGAGGCUGCACAACCUGGUGAUGGGAGUGAAUUACAUAGGUUCCGAUAGCAUAAAAUGUUCUGCAUUCUUGAAACUCACACCUGUUUUAUUCUUUAUAGGAUAAAAUGUGUAGUUUGUUUUCUUACUCUAGUUUAUAUUUGUGACUUUUUGUUGGAUAGGAGAGCAGAGAGCCUGCGAUUUGAAUUGCUUUGAAGGGUUGAUUUCACUUAAAACUGCGGGAAAUUGUAUUAUGUAUCCACUUAUAAAUGUUUUCCUUAUAA